AUGGGGCGUCUCCGGCGAGCGAAUGGCAUUGUGGGCGGGGGUAUUCCCAUAGCCGCCGGCGCCGCCUUGGGGCUUCAACUAAAGGGAGAAAAACACGUUGCCGUCAGUUUUUUCGGCGACGGAGCCAGCAAUGAAGGCGCUUUCCAUGAGGGUAUCAACAUCGCCGCUACUGGAAGCGUGCCGCGUUGUGUUUGCGAGAAACAACGGAUCGCCGAAAGCACGCCUCUGCGACCCAUCGCAAGCGGUUCAGACAUCGCCGCCUCGUGCCUAAGGCCUACGAGCAUGCCCGAAUCGUCUGUCGAUGGCAUGGACCCCCAAGCUGUCUACGAAGUGGCGCGCAGCGAUUGCGCGCGCCGCAAAGGAGGGCGAGACCUACGCUGA